AUGAAUUACGAGAAUGUGCUUCAAUGGAAUAUUAGAGUGGGAGAUGAAGUUGAAGAAAGAAUGAAUGAAGGGUCUUCUAGUACCGUUGAGUCCAUACCGAACUUAGCUAAAGACACUCGAAGAAAACGAACCAUGAAAGUAUCGCGUAGGAAACAAUACGAAGAAAAUUUAGGAGAAUUUGGUACAAAAGUAGAACAAAAUUUUCCUGCAAUCACACGUAAGACAUGUCGUCGAUGCGGUAAGACUGAUCAUUCGAGUAGAGAUUGUCCUCUAUGUCAACUGUGUUAUAGUUCUGAACACCAGACAGAAGAUUGUCCAGCUGGAAAGUUCUGCGGUCGCUGUGGUGGAUCUGGCCAUUUGUCCAGGAAUUGCCCUAUUCUCAAAAUGACGUGUCGUCAAUGUGGUGACGAUGAUCAUUUGGCUGAAGACUGUCCUGUUCCUCUAGCAAAGACGUGCCGUCGUUGUGGUGAAACUGGUCACUUAGCUAAAGAUUGCAAUGUCCUUCUAUUAAAGACAUGCCGUCGUUGCGGUAGUACCGAACAUGAGAUUAAAGAUUGUUUAGUUAGAAAAAAGUGUAAUAGAUGUGGUGAGGAAGGUCAUUUGGUCAAAGAUUGUCCUGUUCCCUUAGUAAAGACAUGCCGUCGUUGUGGUAGUACCGAACAUGAGAUUAAAGAUUGUUUAGUUGGAAAAAAUUGUAAUCGAUGUGGUGAGGAAGGUCAUUCGGUCAAAGAUUGUCCUGUUCCCUUAGUAAAGACAUGCCGUCGUUGCGGUAGUACCGAACAUGAGAUUAAAGAUUGCUCGGUUGGAAAAAGGUGUAAUCGAUGCGGUGAGGAAGGUCAUUUGAUCAAACAUUGUCCUAGUCCUUUAAUAAAGACUUGCCGUCGUUGCGGUAGUACUGAGCACGAGGCUAAAGAUUGUCAGGCUGGAAACAAAUACGGUCGUUAUGGUGAAUCUGGUCACCUAGCUAAAAAUUGCCCUAUCCCUCUAGUAAAGACAUGUCAUCGCUGCGGUAGUACCGAACAUGAGAUUAAAGAUUGUUUGGUUGGAAAAAGGUGCUAUCAUUGUGGUGUAGAUGGUCAUUUGGUUAAGGAUUGUCCUGUUUCCUCAGCAAAGGCAUGCCAUCGUUGCGGUAGUACUGAACAUGAGAUUAAAGAUUGUUUUGUUGGAAAAAAGUGCAAUCGAUGUGGUAAGGAUGGUCAUUUAGUUAAAGAUUGUCCUGUUCCCUCAAUAAGGACGUGCCGCCGUUGCGGUAGUACCGAACACGAAAGUAAAGAAUGUUUGUCAGGAAGAAAAUGCAAUAGGUGUGGUGAGAAUGGUCACUUUGUCAAAGAUUGUCCUGCUCUAAAGACAUGCCGUCAUUGCGGUAGUACUGAACACGAGGCCAAAGAUUGUCCGGCUAGAAGUAAAUGCGGUCGUUGCGGUGAAAAUGGUCACCUAGCUAAAGAUUGCCCUAUCUCUCUAGUAAAGACAUGUCAUCGUUGCGGCAGCACCGAACAUGAGAUUAAAGAUUGUUUGGUUGGAAAAAAGUGUCAUCGGUGUGGUGAAGAUGGUCAUUUAAUUAAAGAUUGUCCCUCAGUAAAGACAUGUCAUCGUUGCGGUAGUACCGAACAUGAGAUUAAGGAUUGCUUGUUGGGAAAGAAAUGUCAUCGUUGUGGUGAUGAUGGUCACGUAGCUAAAGAUUGUCCUGCUCCUUCAGUAAAGACUUGCCAUCGUUGUGGUAGUACUGAACAUGAAGUUAAAGAUUGUCGGGCUUUAAAGAAAUGCGGUCGCUGUGGUGAGACUGGUCAUUUAGGUAAGGAGUGUUCUAUUCCUUCAGUAAAGUCAUGCUACCGCUGUGGAAGUAAUGAACAUGAGAUUAAAGAUUGUACUGAUGGAAGGACGUGCCGUCGUUGUAAUGCUAACGGACAUCUUAUGAAAGAUUGCCCGAUGGUCGAAUCAUCUACGUCAUCUGCAAAGCAAUUACAAACAAAGGAGGAAUGGAGAGCAACUUUGCAAUCAUUAGAGGCAGAGUGUUCAUGUUGCUUCGACACUAAAGUAGUUUACAAGUUACAAUGCGAACAUCAUUUCUGUGAGGAUUGCUUGCGUCGAUUGUUAAUAAGUGCCACGAAUGACGAAUCCCUAUUACCUGUACGUUGUUGUGAUAGAAUACUCGGCAUGAAAUAUGCCAAAGCGAUGCUUCAGCCGGACGAACUCCGCGCAUUGGGAAAGAAAAUAUAUGAACUUCGAACACAACACAAGAUAUACUGUCCAAAACCUGCUUGCUCUCGUUUCAUUCAGUUGCAGGGUGAUGAGAAAGAAGUAACGUGCCCCGCAUGCAAAACUAAAAUCUGCACGAAAUGUAGAAAGGAGGCACACACCGAAGAAGAUUGUCCACGUGAUCCCGAUGUUAUUCAAAUAAAAUUGAUCGCCAAGGAUUUUGUUACAUCUGUGGAACAGAGUGGAAAAAAUGCAACUGCCCCCAAUGGAAUGAGCACAGGCUAA